CCACCAGGGCCGCGAUUUCCCAGCCUCCCUUUCGGCGGGAGUCCCUCAGCGGAGGCGAACGCGGGCGCCACCGCCGCUCCUCCUCCUCCUCGUCCUCCUGCUCCGACCUGCGGGAGGCCUGAGGCGCCUUCGGCCGGGCCCUCGCACCCCGCCCGUGGUGCCAUCAUGGCGGAGCUGUUCAUGGAAUGCGAGGAGGAGGAGCUGGAGCCCUGGCAGCAGAAGGAGAAGCCCAUUGUCGUGGACGACGAUGACGACGACGAACCCAUCUUUAUGGGCGAGAUCCUGAGCGCCAAGCCUAGCAGCUCCUAUAUAUUGAACAGGGUCAACCCCGGAUCCCCACGGAUUGGGAUUCAGAAUGGGGCCACCAAAAGAGGGUUCCAGCCCACGACCAGACCAGCCACCAGCACGUUGGCCGUCCAGCCGCAGCCGCGGCUCAGCAGCAGUGCGCCUGGGACCCCUCCGGCCUUGCAGCGGCCCCUCUCCGGAUGCUCCGGGCCUCAGGAAGCAGUUAAGACCAGCCCCAGCCUGUCCCAGCCCAUCAGCCUCUCUCCCUCCCUCUGCAGGAACCUCAGCUUGCCGGGGCUGGCCCAGUCGGCCUCCAGGCCUGUGGCCACGGUCACCGCGCAGCCCGUCACCUUAACCCGGGUUACUCCAAAUAACAGUUUUGGCUUUGGCUUGAGGCCGAAUUCGGGAGAACUGCAGUGCCAGGGUGGAUCCAUGGUGAAUUUCACAGGCUUGUCCAAGCGUCCCUCCACUUCUGAAGCCGACGGCAUUCUUCCCAAAAAGGCCAAGGGAGACGGAGGGGAUUCCCCCGAGUUGAUUUCAGUCCAGUCUCCCAGUGACUCCUUUCAGAAAGGUAUUCUGUCUACGAACAUGAAGAACGGAGCGCCUUUCCCGCAGGCCUGCCCAAAGUGCAAUAUUCAUUUCAAUCUUCUGGAGCCAUUGAAAAACCACAUCAAGUAUUGCUGCCCAGAGAUGGUGCCCUCCUUCCUGGGCGCUGCGGACUGCUCGGGACCCUGGGCCAGCAACAUGGAGGCCGAGCCCGGGAAGCUGAUCAUGCUGGUGAACGACUUCUACUACGGGAAGCACGAGGGGAACGUGCAGCAGGUGCGCCAGGAACAGAAGACCCACACCACCUUCAAGUGCGCCAGCUGCAUGAAGCACCUCAAGAGCAACGUCAGGUUCAUGAACCACAUGAAGCACCACCUGGAGCUGGAGAAGCAGAACAGCGAGAGCUGGGAGAGCCACACCACCUGCCAGCACUGCUUCCGGCAGUUCCCCACCCCCUUCCAGCUCCAGUGCCACAUCGAGACCACCCACACGCCCCACGAGUGCUCCACCAUCUGCAAAAUCUGUGAGCUGUCCUUUGAAACGGAGCAGAUCCUUUUGCAGCACAUGAAGGACAAUCACAAGCCGGGAGAGAUGCCCUACGUCUGCCAGGUCUGCGGUUACAGAUCGUCGGUGUUUUCGGACGUGGACAAGCACUUCAGGGCCGUCCACGAGAACACCAAGAACCUGCUCUGCCCGUUUUGCCUUAAGGUCAUUAAGAUCGGGGCGCCCUACAUGCACCACUUCAUGCGGCAUCAGAAAAAGGGGGUGCACCGCUGCACCAAGUGCCGCCUCCAGUUCCUGACCUGCAAAGAAAAACUGGAGCACAAAUCCCAGCAUCACCGGACCUUUAAGAAACCCGCCCAGCUGGAAGGCUUGCCUCCUGGAACCAAAGUGACCAUCCGGGCCUCAGCCGGGUCCCUCCAGACGGUGUCCCCGUCCUCCUCCUUUGUGAGCGCCAACGCCUCCGUGUUGCAGCUGUCUCCGCCGCCAGGGCCCUACGUGGCGGACCCCCCCUGGAGCCCCCCAAACAGGCUGAGUGCCGGCAAGAGCCGCUCCAAGCCGAAGCCCCCGAGCCUCCAGCGGAGGGAGAGCCUGGGCAACGGCAACAGCAGCAGCACCAGCAGCACCAGCAGCAGCAACGGAGGGGGCGGCGGCGGCAGCAAGAAGAACAGCGGCGGCAAGGUCGCCAACACGGGACUCAGCCAUCUCAGGUGCCCGGACAUCCAGAAGUGCAUUGAGUGCAACUCGGACAUCCGGACCUUCGCCAACCACUUCCCGGCCUACGUGCACUGCAGCCUCUGCCGCUACAGCACCAGCUGCAGCAAGGCCUACGGCAACCACAUGAUCAGUUUCCACAGCGCCCGUCCAACAAAAAGAUUCUGGAUGUACAAGGAGCAGUCGGAGGAACUGAAGGAUCUGACUCUGGUCUGCAUGCACUGUGACUUUGUGGCCGACCUUUCUGCCAUGGACAAGAUGGCUGCCCACCUCAGCAACAACGACACGCACGAGUGCCAAGUUAUUUUGGAAAAAGCUCCUACCGAUGCCUCUCCUGCUGAUAACCCUCUGGGCCCGUCGAGCGAGGUGUCCUUGAAGGACGAAAGCGAGGAAAGAACCCAGGAACUUUCAGGGCCCGCUGCACCCAAGGAAGAAGAAGAAGAACAACAACAACAACCCUGUCCUGAAAGCUUGGAAAUAAAAGAGGAAGACACUAAGGACCAUCUUGUAAACCCAAGCGAAGAAGUUGCCAAGAAUGAAGAAGGAGAAGAAGACAGAGCACCAGCUCCAGAAAGCAGUUCUGGCCCUGAGCUGCCCUCCGGCCCCAUUGAUGCCUUGUGCGCAAGCAGAACAGAGAAGGCGGGGAGUGCGGAGGGUUGCGCCGCUACUGAAGGAGAAGAAGCGGAGUCCCCGGUUGCAGAAAACACCCCCGCUCCCUCCCUCCUGGCCUGUGCGGAACACUCUUUGGAAGAAGGAAGUGGGAAACACCAGGAUGACGAUGAGGAGGAGGCUCUUUCCGCUGCUGAGGAAACAGUCCCCACGUCUUGCUCAGAAGAUGCCUCCAGUCUGGAGCCUCACCCUUGCCCAGAGCAGCCUUCCGGAGGAGGAAACAUGGAGGACCUUUCCAGCCCGGGAGGCGAAGGACCUGCGGACAUGGAGUGCGAGGAGAGCCCUGCGCCUUCGGGGCUGGAGGACAGGCCCGGCCCAGAGCUCCCUUCCCUCUCUGAAGACCCCACUGAUGCUGCCGGAGGCUCAGAAGACCCCAACGGUGCUGCUGAAAUCUCAAAUGACCCCGUCGAUAAUGCUGGAGGCUCUAAUGAAUCUGAUGACAUUACUGACGGCUCAGAAGACCCCAUUGAUGCUGCUGAAGGUUCAAAAAACCCCAUUGAUACUGUUAGAGAUUCAGAAGACUCCACUGAUGCUGCUGGAAGUUCAGAAGACCCCAUUGACACUGCUGGAAGCUUAGAAGACCCCAUCGUCACUGCCGCUGUCCCAUUGAGCCAGGAAGGUGGCUUUCUUGCUGCUGGGUGUGAAGAACAGGCCUCACCUGCUCCAGGAAACGAAGGCAGUCCCUCUGAGCCCUCACAGAACUCCAUCGAUGCUGCUGGAGGAGGAAGAGAUGCGGACUGCUCAUUAAGUGGAGGGUAUGAGUUUGAAGGAAGCGCCUCCUCACCUUUGGUUCCAGAAGGAGGUCCUCCUGCCUGUGGAGAGGACCUUGGAGAGGCUGCUGAAGAAGAAGAAGAAGAAGAAGAAGAAGAAGAAGAAGAGGAGACAGGGCCAGGGACACCGCACGGGUGUGAGGAAAGCCCCUCACCCUCCACUGCAGAUGCCCCGGCCAGCGCAGAAGACGACCCUAUGGAUGCGGCAGGGGAGGGAGACGCCACAAACGGCCUGCCUGAGGAUGGAGAUGCCUCUCUGGCCACCGAGCCCUUGGCCUCUCCUCUGGAAGCAGGAACCAGCCCAGUCUCCUCUCUGGAAGCAGAAACCAGCCCAGUUCCCUCGAGCGACGAUGCCCUUGAAACCAGCGGGGAGGAGGGUAAAGAGGAGGCCGAUUGGGCCCUUUCGCCUGCUCAGGGUGAUGAAGACGGUGCCUCUUUGCCGGAGGCGGAUUUGGAAAGCAACCCUGGUCCCGAAGGCUCCCUGAAAGAGGAUGGAGAGGGGGUCCCGCUCCCCUCGCCCGCAAAGAGCCCCUCUUCUGUGGAGCUCCAGCCCCAACCAGAUGACUGUCUACCUGGCAGCGCAACAGAAGAAGCACUAGAGGAGGAUGCGGAAGAAGAAGAAGGUGGUGAUGGCGGGCAGGAAGACGGCAAGAGCGCCCCAUCCCCGCGUCUGGAGGGGCAGGCGGAGGAGUCGGACGAGGGGGAGCUGGCGGACGUGAGGGUGGAGGGGGCGGAGUGGGCCUCCGACGAGGACGUGGGCUUCGCGCAGUUCUUCCAGAGGCGCGGGGAGGCAGCUGUGGUUGCCGUGGAUGGCGGCGACGAGGUUGGCGGAGGCGGGAGAGGCGGUGGCAGCGUGCGCCUGGAGCCCCUGACGCCCUCCGAGGUGCUGGAGCACGAGGCCACCGAGAUCCUGCAGAAGACGGGCGGCGGGAGCAGCAGCAGCGAAGGCCCUGCGAGCCCGGGCCCCGAAGAGGAACGCGAGGAAGAGGAAGAGCAUGAGGAAUUGGGCCCCGAGGCCAGCUGAGGAGCCUGGAUCUAGGGAUCUUGGUUGGUCCCCAGGUCCAAGACAAACGGGUUGCAGCCUGUUACGGUGAUGGAAGACUAACGCGGUCAAGACGACACACGCCGUCAAACCGCCAGGAAUCGGUGGGGAGCGGGUUGGUUGGCGUGGAAACCUUUCUUGUUGCGUUUUAACGGUGGCGUCGUUGAAAUACAGAUUUUGGACUUUUGGAAAUACUGAUUUCGGUUUGUUUCCUAUUGGACCUCCCAAUGUUUUGGAGUUCUGCAGAGCUGCCGGUUGUACAUAAUUUUUGGAGUAAACAUUUGCAAAGAAA